AGCCCCUUCAAAUCCCCGUUUCUCUCUCUGCUUCCCAGCCUUUCCCCCCCAUUCCCUUUGCCUUCCCCUCUUUCUUUUCCUUCUCCUCCAAGCAGAAAUUCCCCAAGUUUCUCUCUCUGUGUUUUGCUUUGCAUACAUCGAAGGGAAAUCAUGGUUCAGAUUCAGAAAACGGAGAAGGAAGAGACCGAGUUCAAGGUUCCUGAAACCAUCACCCCCUGCGUUAACAACUGCGGGGUUACCGGUAAUCCGGCCAACAAUAAUAUGUGCCAGAAGUGCUUCACCACCACAGCCGCUGCCGCCUCGUCAGCGACGACCUCCUCUACCGGGAUUUCUCCUCCUCCUAAAUUUUCCGACGACAAAAGUUCUAGAUCCGCCCCUUCCCGCUCGCCCAAGAGGUCGCACCCUUCCGAGGAGGAGCCGACGCAGAAUCUAUUAUCAGAUCGGACGAAAUCGGACGACACGACGCCGUCUGAAGCCAAACGGGUGGUGAAUCGAUGCUCUGGAUGCCGAAGGAAGGUCGGUUUGACCGGAUUCCGAUGCCGGUGCGGCGAGUUGUUCUGCGCUGAGCACCGGUACUCCGAUCGACACGACUGCAGCUACGACUACAAAGCCGCCGGACGCGAGGCGAUCGCGAGGGAAAAUCCGGUGGUAAAAGCGGCGAAGAUUGUGAAGGUUUGAAUCUGCAGAAACCAAAGGAAUCUGAUAGAUUAUUAUUACUCAACAACACGAUCAUCCACCAUCUGUACGGGAUCGAGGUCCGAUCCCGUCAUUUCUCUCUGUCGCAGGAGAUAAUAGAUAUGUUAGCAGAACAUCAAUGUUUUAGCGUGUGAGACAGAGAGAUUGUUACCGAAGACGAUUCCAUGAGAUCGUCCGUGUUCGAUCAAUCUAUGAUCAUUUUUUCUGGAUUGUUUUACCUUUCUUUCCUCUUUUUGGGUCUUGUUUUGGGUUGAUAAUGAUAAAUUAUUGUGAUUUACGACUACGAUAAUUGUGGGCUUUCCCUUAGUUUGAUUAUCA